GUAAUGACAUUCAGGGAGCGGGGAGGGAGGGAGGAGAGGGGCAGGCUCGGCGAGGCCAUGUGAUGCUGGGCGAGAGAGAGCCGCCGCGCCGGAGCCUCCUUCUUUCCUGCCUCUGAUUCCGGGCUGUCAUGGCGACCCCCAACAACCUGACCCCCACCAACUGCAGCUGGUGGCCCAUCUCCGCGCUGGAGAGCGAUGCGGCCAAGCCGGCCGAGGCCCCCGACGCGCCCGAGGCGGCCAGCCCCGCCCAUUGGCCCAGGGAGAGCCUGGUUCUGUACCACUGGACCCAGUCCUUCAGCUCGCAGAAGAGUGUCCCCUGUGUCUGCCCGCCUUCCCCGCUCUGACCCUGGCGCCUGCAGGUGCGGCUGGUGAUUGCCGAGAAGGGCCUGGUGUGUGAGGAGCGGGACGUGAGCCUGCCGCAGAGCGAGCACAAGGAGCCCUGGUUCAUGCGGCUCAACCUGGGUGAGGAGGUGCCCGUCAUCAUCCACCGUGACAACAUCAUCAGCGACUAUGACCAGAUCAUUGACUACGUGGAGCGCACCUUCACAGGAGAGCACGUGGUGGCCCUGAUGCCCGAGGUGGGCAGCCCGCAGCACGCGCGGGUGCUGCAGUACCGGGAGCUGCUGGACGCACUGCCCAUGGACGCCUACACGCACGGCUGCAUCCUGCACCCUGAGCUCACCACCGACUCCAUGAUCCCCAAGUAUGCCACAGCUGAGAUCCGCAGACACUUAGCCAAUGCCACCACGGACCUCAUGAAACUGGACCAUGAAGAGGAGCCCCAGCUCUCCGAGCCCUACCUUUCCAAACAGAAAAAGCUCAUGGCCAAGAUUUUGGAGCAUGAUGACGUGAGCUACCUGAAGAAGAUCCUUGGGGAGCUGGCCAUGGUGCUGGAUCAGAUCGAGGCAGAGCUAGAGAAGAGGAAGCUGGAGAAUCAGGGGCAGAAAUGCGAGCUGUGGCUCUGUGGCUGUGCCUUCACCCUUGCUGAUGUCCUCCUGGGAGCCACUCUGCACCGCCUCAAGUUCCUGGGACUGUCCAAGAAAUACUGGGAAGAUGGCAGCCGGCCCAACCUGCAGUCCUUCUUUGAGAGAGUCCAGAGACGCUUUGCCUUCCGGAAAGUCCUGGGUGACAUCCACACCACCUUGCUGUCGGCCGUCAUCCCCAAUGCUUUCCGGCUGGUCAAGAGGAAACCCCCAUCCUUCUUCGGGGCAUCCUUCCUCAUGGGCUCCCUGGGCGGGAUGGGCUACUUUGCCUACUGGUACCUCAAGAAAAAAUACAUCUAGGGCCAGGCCUGGGGCUUGGUGUCUGACUGUUGGUGUCUCUGUGCUGUGUGAUUCCCCGUGAGCUCUCAGUAACUCACUGUCUCAUGAACACUUGGACAGCCCUCCCCGCCCUUCGUUCUGAGUAAUAAUAUCGUCAGUGUGAAAACAUUCCAUAGUUUAGAAGUAGACAUUGCCGAUACCGUGACUCAAGGCCACGGCUCUACAAAAAGAGAGAGAGGAAGCGAGAGAGAACAAAAACCAGAAACAAAACACGAAUGCCUUUUCUUUAGAUUCAAGGUCUCAAGAUGGAAUUGUGGGGACUGGUUAGGAACUGAGGUGAGUCCCAGGAGGUUUCAUCCACCAGGGCCCAGAUUCUGGGAGGUGCUGGGGGCUCAGAGGGCCCGACCCCUCGCCUCCCCUUCCCUCUUGCCCAGGGAACUCUUCCACAGGACAAAGCCAACAUCAAGACUCAACUCCUCUAACUGGUACCUCUGAAUGGGGCUGGAGAACCGGAGACCCCAUGGGAGGUCCCUGAAGAUCAGAAGGGGCUUCACGCUUCUCCUGGACAUGGACUGAGACAGCACUGGCUUGAGCCAAGGCAGUGGCACCCAAAAACCAGGCCAUGGUGGGGACGGACAUCACAAGCACACUCUCUCAUUGCCCGUCUGAUUUGGCCCAUGUGUUGGGUUUGGCUUUAACAGAAACCUCUGAAAGCAGCAGCCAUCAUCCUCUUCCUACCUUGAGUUUUUCCACCCUGUGAGGUGAGACUUUCAGUAAAAGCCACGUUGACCUUCUCUCAGAAGGUCAGUCCAGCCCAAGCACAGGGGCGGAUCUGGAGGGGACAAACCUAGGUCCCCUCCCAGCCUCUGCCCAAGCCAUCUCCUUCAAUACCCACCCUUCCCGUCACUCCCGGGGCUACAGUCUCUGCAUCCACGGAACCCACCCCGGUCCGGUCUCACUUUCCUGUGCCUUUUGCAUGUUGGGAAAGGGUCUUGGUGUCACUGCUGCUCAUGCAUAGAAACCACCGAAAGCUCCAAUAAAGCAUCCAGGAGGA